CUAUAUUACUCGUGCCUGCGUCUAGGUUUAUUUUUUUGCAUUAAAAAUCACUAUGAUAAGAUGCUUACAGAAGUUAAAAUGAAUUGAAUUAUGAAAAAAAAAAGAUUUAUAUUUAAAAUCUGUGCUUAAUGUAACACAUUCAAAAAAUAAAAUAAGAAUUUAGAAUGUGUGAUCAUGUGUAAAACUUGAUAUCAAUGCAUAUAAUGUCAACAUUUUAUCCAGGAGUUGUCACUAGUUACUUGUAUAGGCAUUCAUUAAAAUGUUGAGGUCAACAGUACUGAAACACUUACAUGAAUUACAGAACAGUAGAAAAGCCUAACGUUUUCUAUUCUCUGUUCUUAGAUCUUAGUCAUGUUUGAUGAUGAUCUGACAUAGUGCUCAAUGAACAGCUUUAAUAUUUGCCCUUUAACAGAGUACUUUUAAUUGAUUUUUUCUCAUUUCAGGGUCUCAACAUACUGCAUGACAUAGGAUUGUCUGUGUCAUACACCAGUGUCCACAACAAGAGGAAAAGUCUUGUCAAACAGCACGAAGACAAUUUAAAUUCUGUUGUCAGAAAGUAAUAUGUCAGUGCAAAAAUUUCUGAACACGAAAAUGUUAUAGUGGGUGAUUGUCAAUCAAACAUGAACAUUGAUGGAGACAUUAUUCAUAAUGAACGGGAUUCAAAUGUGAUCAUUGAUAGAGACAAUGAUGUGAACACAUUUAUUCCAAAACCUUUUAAGAUAAUUGGCGAUAAUUUGGAUGUCUGCAUUGCUCCAACACGGAUGACAAUGAAAAAGCAAAGACAAAGUUUACAUUGGUUUUUGACCAUGGUCAAACAAAAAAGAAUUACUUAUCAUGAUGAUUUAAACAAGUCUUCUACAGUGAACCAAAAACAGAUAUUAGAUAUUCCGUCAUCUGAGUGGAUUCCUUCAAGUGAACAAAUUGAUUCAAUUCUAAAUAACUUUGUCUUUCAUAUAUCGACAACUUUAAUAAAAUACAUCAAAAUGUUAUCUCCAAUCAAAGUGUCAUAUCCAAGUUACAUUGAUCAUCGGUACACACAUAUAACAUCGAAAAAGUCAAUUGUUUUGAACUGUGACCUAAUAGAUGGAUUAGAUGCCAGUGAAAAUUCAUCUCAAGGCAUGAUAAAAAUAUUGCAGAAUUUCCACGACCUCGCCGUUCCUCAUAGUUCAGAUACCAUAUUGCAAAAAGUAGUUUUUGGAGGUGAUGUACUGACGAAUGAACGUGCUUUUGCAGCUCAAGAAGCUAUGCAGAAUUGUCAGUCAAAAUUUGCAAGUUUAGCUGGCAUCAUUCACAGACCUGAAGGACUACACAGAGAAUUUAACUUUCUACAAGUACAAAAGUGUUGAAAGUUUUAACAGUUCUGCCUGUUAUAGUUCCAACUUAAUAUAGUUUUGCAGUUGGAUACAGUUAUUACCUUGUUCCAAGUGAGUAAAUUGUAUCGUUAUAGGGAAAAUCUAGGAAUAGUUAGCAAGGUGCUGCAUUGUUCUUAUUCCAUGUGUUAAACAUUUUGAAAUCAGAAUAUUUUAUAAAUUGUCUAUUAUCAGUAACACAUUGCUAAAAACAAUGAAUAUUGGAAACAUCAGAUAUGCAAAAUCUAUUUCGCAUUUAAAAGAAAAUUUAAGAUACUGUUAUUAAGCCGGUAUUGACUUUUAACUGCUUUUUAACAACACCUUGUUAUCCUAGAUAUUUCAUGUGUGUGUUUAUUAUAGUCCAUUGCUUGAAGUGUGAAUGUGAUAUUUUCUCUAAUAAAAUUACAUGAAUAGAAUUAACAAAAAUCAGACCUACCAAAUGGAAGAAAGCAAUGUUUACUUGGUAAUUCACAUAAGGGCUUUUUGUGUUCAUUUCCAUAGAACUCGUCAAGUAAUA